UUCCAGCUCUGUGCCAAGUAGGACUGCAGCCCUUAUACCAGUUCAUGUCGCCUGGAUUAAUGCCGGUCAGGACGUCCUGCUGAGGACCAGGAGUUUGGCCCAGAAGGAUCUGAGUUGGAGUGGAUGUCUGGAUGUCCACUGCCCCCCCCAGAGACCCAGUUGGUAGCUGCAGAAUCCGGUUGGACCAGAUGAGUCGCUGAUGGACCCCCCGACGUACGAGGAGGCCAGACUCCACCCUCCAGUUUCAGGCCAACCGGUGGACAUUGUUUCUCCUCCUCCCUCUUACGACGCCUCCCUCGCCUCUCCUCCAACGCCCCCUCCCAGCUACGGGGAGGCUGUAACACAGGAACAAAAUCCCUUCCCCAUCCUGACCCCUCCUCAAGUGCAAACCACCGUAACGUCAGCACAGUCACGUACCACAAGAGUCACCGUUCAUCCGACGACAUUCAUUGGUGUUGUACAACCUCCGGAGACCAGCAGGACACAACCGAGAGUGGUCACUUCGCAGCCUCGGUCUGGGCCCAGUAGCACAGAGUCGGAUUUGAGACGCACCCCCAGCACUGUACAUUGUCCUCACUGCCAAGAAUGGGUCACCACCGACGUCACUUGCACUCCACAGAAGAUCGCUUGGGUCCUGUGCUUUGUUUUGAUUGUGAUGGGGUUCAUAUGUGGUGUGUGCCUGUUUCCUUUCUGCACCAAGAGUUUGCAGAACUUCCAUCACCACUGCCCACAGUGUGGAAAGCUGAUCUACACCUACAAGCCACCUAGCCAAUAGUCUCUCUGGCCAAUAGAGACUGCAGUGCAUCACAAUGUUCCAAGUCCGUCUGACAGGGGAUGGAUCCAAGGGACGGGAUGGUCAACAUGAACUUAAAGACUUUUACACUGAAUACAAAAGUACCAUGGCAUCAUCAUAACCAAGAUGGAUACCAUGGGCAAUGAGGUGGAGUCCGAUUCGGGUGACAGGCUUUCCCUCACUGAAGUACUUCCUCAAUGAUGGCAAAGAGGUACACACUCAUAAGUGCCCCCUGGUGGAGCGCUAUGUCCCAAACAAAAAAAAAACAUUUAGUUCAUACACAGCAGUAGGGAUUUGCUCGACUGUCCACUUCAGCUUCAUCGAAGUCUAUUUUCAUUUUCACAUACAAGGUGGUGAAACACAAGUGAUCUGGAGAGUUCAUUGAAGUUCAUGGACAAUGAAGGGGUGAUGCCUGGGGAAGGGGACUGUCACAGACAUUUGGUUUAGCCUAGUGUGGACCUCAAAGCUCAGCGCCGAAACGUUUCCCACGACUUCUGGACAAUUGUGUUCUAUACAUUCUUUUUAUUUAUUACUACGACAAGUGAACCCAACGCAUUGAAGUACUUUGUUUUAGAACAGAGUUGUCUUUUUUACCUUUUGGUCAGUACUACUUGUACGUCAAAAUAUAUAGAAAUAAAUAUAAUAAUGCAUGCUUUA